AUGGUCGGCGGCGAAGAUUCUCCUCUCUGCGCCCCCAAGGCCGCCAAUCUGGAUUUUGAAGCUCGUGUCCCCGUCCCUUUUAGCGUCUUUCCCUCCACCUACAAGGAGAGUGAGACACAAACCCAGACCCAAACAGUCACUCAGACUCACGAAGAGCUUGAGAUCAAACUCCCCGAGAAGAAGCCUCAGAGGCCCGGACGGGAGGAAAGUCAAUACUCUUCCUUCACCACCGUCGCCGAGUCGAAGCCGCAGCCGCCGCAGCAAAAGCCGCAGCAGCAGCAGCCUCUGCCCCCUCGGAAAGAGCAGCACCGCUACGAAGAAGAGGUCCGCAUCGAAGAACACUACCACCGUCCCGGUGUCCACUACGAGUCCCACAACUACCGUGAGGAGUACCGCCCUGCCCCUCCCGCUCCUGCUCCUGCUCCCUCUCAAUACACCACUCAGCAAGAGUUCCACGACACUCGCAUCCACCACCACGACACUCGCGUUGAGAUCGACACCCGUCACCACGAGCACCUGGUAAACCCGAUUGAUAAAAUCGAACGCCAGUACCGUCAACGUCUCCAGCCUACCUACCACAAGGAGGAAGUCACUGUCGAGACCUACCCGGCUCACCAACACCACCACCACCACUCUCACUCCGACCACCACUCGGAUCACCACUCCCACCACAAGCACUCCCACGUCGACGAGUACACCGUCGAAUCUGAGCGCCCCCGUCCUCAGCAGUACAAGGAAACCAUCAAGGUUACCGAAGAGACCAUCGAGCCCACUCACGUCUCCAAGCCCCAACACAAGUCUUCCAAGAUGGGUUAUUACGACGAGGAUGUCUCCGAGGUUCGCGCCGCUUCCGCCCCCCGCCGCCAGUCUUCCGGCUCUGGCUCCGGUGCCCCUCUCCUCCCCAACACCGUCACCAUCCCCUGCCACCACAUCCGCCUCGGCGACUUCUUGAUGCUCCAGGGCCGUCCCUGCCAGGUCAUCAAGAUCUCCACCUCCGCCGCCACCGGCCAGUACCGCUACCUCGGUGUCGACCUUUUCACCAAGCAGCUCCACGAGGAGUCCUCCUUCAUCGCCAACCCUGCCCCCAGCGUCGUUGUCCAGACCAUGCUCGGCCCCGUCUUCAAGCAGUACCGCGUCCUCGACCUCUCCGAUGGCCAGGUCACUGCCAUGACCGAGACCGGCGACGUCAAGCAGGGCCUGCCCGUCAUUGACCAGUCCAACCUCUGGUCCCGCCUCAACAACGCCUUCGAGUCCGGCCGUGGCUCCGUCCGCGUCCUUGUCCUCAACGAUGCUGGCCGUGAGCUCGCCGUCGACGUCAAGGUCAUCCACGGCUCUCGUCUGUAA